AUGGUCAUCAAGAAGCGGCAGAUCCUCUGGGACUGGACCAACACCGGGGGAGGAGGAAAUCCUGGCAUUCCAGACAAGAUCAACCAGGUCCCCUUCGGUGGCCAGAGCCCGGUUGCCUCCGUCGUCAACUGGAAUGCGUGGGUUCCUCCUGAGCUCAAGGACCGGGCGCCGUUCCGGCCUAUGGUCCGCGUUCUGGAGAACACAAGGGGUGGGGAUUGGAACAUCAUCCAAAAUACCAAGUACCCUAUCAUCCUCUUCUUCAACGAGCCUGAGCGCGCCGGCAUCAGCCCGGAACAGGCAAAGGACAUCUGGUACAACCAGCUGCUGCCCCUGAGGAGGAAUAAGGGGAAGAAGCUCGGGUCCCCGGCCGUUGCCUCUGAUGACAAUGGUCGAAAGUGGAUCGAGAGGUUCAUGUCCCUUGUGGCCAACGACCCCCCGGACUACCUCUGUCUGCACUACUACUCGAAGAGGGCCGACGAUGCGAUCAAGUACAUCCAGGACAUGCACAACAAGUGGCCCAAGCAUAAAGUCAUGGUGACCGAGAUCGCGUGCAUCGACCGCGACUACAAGGCGGUCCUGGCCUUCACCGUCAAGGUCUGCAACUGGCUCGACAGCCAGGACUGGGUGUUCGAGUACGGCCUGUUCGACUUCCAGCGCAAGGUCGCCGACAGCUUCGUCAGCCCGGCGGCCCAGCUCAUGGACGGCAACGGCAACUUCACGGAGCUGGGCAAGAUGUACGUCCACCAGCAGCCCCUGAAGCUUCCCGGCCAGGCCGGCGCGUUCGAGAACGUGUUCAUUUCUCUGGACGCAGGGGUCCUCGAGGAAGAGAAGAGGGAAGAAGAAAAGAAGGACGAGGAGAAAAAGGACGGAGAGAAAAACGGCGAAGAGAAGAAGGACGAGGAGAAGAAGGACGAAGAGGAAGAGGCAGUGGAGUCCAAGACUGGCAGCGCCGUGGCACACGACCCCGACGACACGGCGUUCCUGUCCGCCUCGGCCGCCACCAACGGCGGCGAGGAGGAGGUGUUCGGCAUCGCGGCGGCGCUGAGCCCGGACCAGCAGAAGGCGCUGGACGCGCACAACGCGAAGCGGCGGGGCAAGGGGGUGCCGGCGCUGGCCUGGGACGGGCAGCUGGCCAAGAACGCGCAAGACUACGCGAACCACCUGGCGCGGAUCGGGCGGCUCGAGCACUCCCGCGGCGACCAGCGGCCCAACCAGGGCGAGAACCUCGCAUGGUCAUCCGGCUCCAGCCAGACCCCGCUGCUCCUGGGCACCAAGAUGUGGCUCGACGAGGAGAAGAACUACCGCGGCCAGCCGAUCGGGCAGGGCGAUUUCGGGUCGUACGGGCACUACACGCAAUGCUUGUGGAAGUCGACCACCAAGCUCGGCAUGGCCGCGGCCAAGGACGCCAAGGGCGGCGUCUACAUCGUCGGCAGAUACUCGCCCCCCGGAAACUUCACCGGCCAGAAGCCGUACUGA